UACAACAUAUUUCCUUAUAUUUUUGAUCUUUGUGAAAGAUAAAUAUAAAGACAGUUUUCGGAGGAUAUUGGAUUUGUUUUGGUGGAGGAUAGUGUCGAUAUUUCAGUUCGGGAUUAAAUAGAACAAUGUUGGAGGUGAACUCAUUCACUGGGAGGCGAGAUGGAGAGGUACACAAAGUACAGAGAACAUGGGAAAACAUCAGAGAAAAUGUGGACAGUACGCCUACCAUGGUGUUUUCAGUGAUCGGGGAUUCAGACAGCUUCGUCCCUAAACCUUGGGCUAAAACUGUAUUUCAAACCGCUCUAAUUGAAGCGGCUAAAAGCGGCGGAGAGUCCUGGAUUCUUUACCGGGGCCAUAGCUACGGUGUGUCUGAUAUCAUACGUGAAGCCUACAGAAACUAUGGAGAUAUGGAGUUUGGAACAGACAGCAAGAGGGUAGAUCGGAAAGACAAAAGGCGGCACAUCAAACUAAUAAGCAUUGCUGGAAAAGAGUCUCCUGACGGAAUGCAGGAAUUAGAGGCAGAGGACAAAACACCGGAGUAUGGAAUCAAUUUUGGCGCCGAGGAGGAUUUCCUUAUGGAGUUUGAGAAAUACGUUUCAGAGCAAGAAGUAUCAUUCUUCAGCCAAAAAAUUGACUUCAAGAUGCCUGUUCCUAUUGCAAUCCUAGUUUGCGAAGGUGACAUUGAGACUAUUGCACAUACAGCAGGGGCACUGGAAAACAAACUGCCUGUCAUCAUAAUGAAAGGAUCGGGGAAAGCGGCCGAUUUAAUUUUAGAUUAUCUAGAGAACAAUGAUUUAUUGAGAAAGAAAGCCAGUUUAUUAUUUGGGAUACGCUUCGACAGCAACAAUUACGAAAAAUUGAAAAACUACCUUGACACGAUCAAAAAAAAGGAAGAUUUGAUAGGUGUGUUUGAUGUGAACACUGACGAUCCUCUGAUGCUUUCUAACAUUGUGGGAGAAGCCGUUGUCAGCUGCUGGGCCAUGGAGAAAAUUCUUCAUGAAGACAAUCAGAAUCAAUUUAACAUGAGACCAAGAACAGCAGUACCUCAUUUGCAGAAGAAUGGCUUGGCUUUAACUGGAUCUUCUCUGGCCUCGAAAUUAUUACGUAGGAACUCGGUCAGGCCAGAGGAGAAUAUCCUGAAUCAGCUACUUGGAGAGUACAAAGAGGAAUCUAGAGUUUAUGUAUUAAACCCAAAGUACACGUCACCUGCAUCACUGCCACUGUAUUUCUACUUUGGGUUCCAACUCCUACAGGAAUCUGGGUUUUUUAAACAGAGCGGACAUAUUUUAUUGUUUGAAGCACUUAAAGCUAACAGGUGUGAUUAUGUAAGAGUUUUACUGGAUCAAGGAGUAAAAUUCAAAUUGAACAAUUUGCCAGAGUUGUAUGAACAGACAGUUUCCUGCAAGGAAGAUUGUGAACUAAAAGAUGAGGAUUGCCUUCACAUGGAAUGGAUUCUAAAGCAAAUCCAAGAAACACAUGCAAAGAGACUCUGUAAUAAACACAGGUCACUCCAGCGAAAAAUUAAGAAAGCAAAAGAUAAACAUAAUGAAAAGGACAGGAAAAAAUAUGAGAAAAAGAGGGAUAGUUUACAUGAUUCCGUAGCAGAGGCAGCUAAAGGAUUAUGUCGGAAGAUACUGAGAUAUAAAGGUACGGAAGAGGAUUCAUGGGAUCCAAAUGAAAAUGGAGAUUUAAAAGAUGCAAACAUUUCUGAUAUUUUAUUGUGGGCAAUUUUUGCAAACAGAAGGGAAUUGGCUGAAAUUUGCUGGCUUAGAAGUGAAGAUCAUCUUUUGACAGGGUUGGUAUGUUCAGCUAUACUACAGAAGCUGUCAGUCAAGGCUGGAAAUGUUAAAGAACAGAUUUUAUCAAAUGACCUUGCGGAACAUUCCAAGUUGUUUGAACAACGCUGCUUAGCAAUUAUGGAUAGAAUGUACGAGGAGAACACAAAGCAAGCCAUAGAGUUAAUGGACGAUGAGACUUCGAUAUGGGGAAUACAUUCCAGUCCUCUGACGUUCGCGUAUGAGAACUUUAUGUAUGAUGUAGUGGCUCACACCUGUUCCCAGAAAAACAUGAACAAACAGUGGUACAACAACCUAGCCCCGGACUUAAAACCAUUCCUAAAAUCUGCUUUUCGGAGACCAAGGAAGUUCUUCACUGCUCCUCUGACGAAAUAUGUUUAUAAUUAUAUAAUGUUUUUCACCAUGUUGGUGAUGUACAGCGCCUUUGUUCUGACCAGCAUAAGUACCAAGUAUUACGUACAAGAUAAAGCCAGGGUGUUUGAAUAUUACGUGUAUUUCUGGGGCGCGGGAGAUUUCAUCGAGGAACUUAUCAGCUGUUUUGGAUGUCUCGAAUCAAGAGGCCGAUCACACCGAGGUUACUACUCCAGAAUGAAGAGAUAUCUCUACGACUUCUGGAAUGUUGUCGACUUAUUGUCGUACGCCCUACUGAUCACAGCUUUAUUUGUACGUCAUUUCCACCCCUCUGAGACCUUCACAAUAGCCAGAAGAAUGUUCUCUCUCUCCCUACUUGUCAUGUACCUGAGGUUUCUUGAAGUAUUUCUUAUUCACCGAAGGAUGGGACCAACACUUAUCAUGAUCAAGGAAAUGUUGAAGGACCUGUUUAGUUUCUUGUUUUUGGCGAUGUUUGUUGUUUUUGGAGUUGGUAUUUACUACCAUGCCAAUCUAUGGCCGGACCAUCAGACAAUCUGGGACGGUGACUGGACAAACUGGAGAAUCUGGACUAUAAUAUACUACCCUUACUGGCAAUUAUACGGAGAGUCAUUCAAUGAAUUCCUUCAAGGAGAGGAUCUCUCGGACUGUACCAAUAUAACCUCUGUCUGGGAGGUGGAUCCCUCUAUUGACCGCUGUCCACAGGAGGACUGGACAGUAUUAGCUGUCUCAGCUUUCUACAUGCUCUUCUCUAACCUUCUGUUGGUCAACCUGGUCAUUGCCAUGUUCAGCUACACCUUUGAGAGGGUGCAGAACAACGCUGAGAAACUUUGGCGUUUUGAGAGAUACACGGUAAUUAACGACUAUGAUUGGAGGAUUCCCUCCCCCAUCAAUCUUAUUUUUCUGCCAUAUCGAUUCUGUUGCUGUCCUGGGCGACAAGGAUGUUGCUUACAUAAAUGCAGAGAAUGUUGCUGCGCAAAGGAGGUAGCAGUGGAAAGAACUAAAGCAGAAGAGGAAGCUAAAUACCGCAAAAAUUUCCAAAAAAUAACAGCAUUCAAAAUAAGGAAUAAUAUGUAGGGAA